UGUCCGAUAGUCCUCUAUGCUCGUUAAACUACGAAUAAUUAUUAGUAUUAUUAUUUUUGGCUCCUUCUCGAUUCGCGUAAAAAAAUGUAGCGGUUAUACUAUCAAAGGCAUGGUGGACAAUUUAAGCAAAGCAGAACGAAUCAUAGGAGGGUACCAAUGUUCUUCCGCAGAUUUUCCGUUUACGGUAAGAUUGAUUACUACUCCGUUUGGGAGUAGAGCUCGCCACGUAUGCGGAGGCACACUUUUAAAUAAGAAAUGGGUGUUGACCGCGGCCCAUUGCGUAUUAGGGGUAGCCGAUAGGUUUCCCAGCUGGUUCGCUGUUGUCUUCAAUAAAGGUAGGUUUGAUAAUCAUGAAAUAAAGAAGAGUUAUCCUCAUCCGCUUUAUCACCAAGAGAUCCCUGGCGUCAACUCACCAAUGCACAAUAUAGCUCUAGUUGAGUUGCAUGAAUACGUGGCGUCUGAUAUUCCAUUCGUCAAGGUACCGGAUAAGCCAAUUACGGUUCCAUUCGAAAAACUUUGCCCACAAGUAUUAACUAUGGGCUGGGGUAUGACUAAACUCGAACAGCACGUACUACCGGACAAACUACAAUGCGCCAAUUUGACUACGAUCAGCACAGAGCUCUGUUCCAAAAUGUUCUUGUUUACCACCGCAUAUUUUGAAGACAGUUUGUGCACUUUCGAAGAGGGAAAAGACGUCUGCGUGGGUGAUACCGGUGGACCUUUACUUUGUAAUGGAAUUCAAUAUGGUGUCAUUAGUCUUUCACAAUUAUGUGGGACUUAUCCCGGAAUCUAUGUUAGGAUUGACGCACAUUUAGAUUUUAUUAAAAGUGUGAUGAGUCGAGCUUCGAAAAAGCUAAUCUUAAACAAGCUUUUAGGCUUGACCGUAAUUGUGUUUACUGCGACUGUUGUGUGAAAUAAUAAACGUU